AUGGAGCGGAAGAAAAUUAGUGGUCGUGGUGAAUCGAAGAAGAAGUGGUUAGUGGUUGUUAAUGAUGAUGGAUACACUGAGUUAUAUGAGAGAAGUUUGGGGUUGCUAGAAAAAGAUGAUGAAGAAGAAGAAGAAUUAGGCUUGCCUGAAAUUUCUUUUUCUGGGAAGAAGAAGCCUUCUAAGAGUAGAAAGAGUGGCGGCAUUUUCUCUUGUGCGUUUGAAUUGCUUGAGGGAGAGGAAGAUGAGAGUUCCAAAGCUGGGGGUUCAGGUUUUGGGUUGCUAGAUAAAGAUGAUGAAGAAGAAGAAGAAUUAGGCUUGCCUGAAAUUUCUUUUUCUGGGAAGGAGAAUCCUUCUAAGAGUAAAAGGAGUGGCAGCAUUUUCUCUUGUGCGUUUGAAUUGCUUGAGGGAGAGGAAGAUGAGAGUUCCGAAGAGGAACACGAUGAUGUUGGUGAUACACCAUCUGAUAUUGUUGAACAGGAUCAACAUGGUGGUGAUUUUAAUGAUAAAAAGCCAAACACAGAAGAUUUAGCUUCGAAAAACAAAAAGAAGAAAAACAAAGGUGGGAAAAAUCAGCAAGAGGAAGAAGAGGACCUGGACAAGAUCCUGGCUGAGCUUGGUGUUGGACCUUUUGCUGCAGCAUCUCCAGAGGAGAAGUUACAGAACCAACCUGCCGAACAAGAGGAGGGGCCUGUGGAGACUGUAACAUCGAAGAAGAAAAAGAAGAAGCGCAAAGCGAAAGAGAACGCAUCUUCUGCUCCUGCAAUGGGAGAAAAACCAGAAGGAACAAAAACUGAGACGACAAAUCGUAGUAAGAGAGUCCCAAAGUAUGUCAGGGAGAUACAGGAGAGGCUUGGUCAACUAAAGGAAGCUGAAGAGAGGAAAAGACGCGAAGAAGAAGAGAUAUUAAGAAAGGAAGAAGAGGAAAGGCUUCAACAAGAAGAACUGGAAAGAUUAGCUGAAGAGAAAAGGCGAUUAAAGAGGGAGAGGAAGAAAGAGAAGCUCCUCAAGAAAAAACAAGAAGGAAAUCUUCUUACAUGGAAGCAGAAAGAAGAGGCUAGAAGGUUGGAGGCAAUGAGUAAGCAAUUACUAGCUAAUGCAAAACUGGAAAUACCCACUGGUGCACCUGCCAAGAGACCUCUGUACCAGAAGAAAAAAUCGAAGCCCCAAAACCAAUAUAAUGGAGCAGCUAUUUCAGAAAAUGGGGAGAUCACAGAUGCAAAAGUGAUCCAACAAGAUGUUGUUGAAGACAAUGGAUCUGAUUGUGAUGAUGAAGAGUGGGAUGCCAAAAGUUGGGAUGAAGUUGACUUGAAAUUGUCAGGAGAAAGUGGAAUUGUUGAUGGAGAAGUUGAUUCAGAACCCGAAUCAAUUUGGUUGGACGAGAAAGUAACUUCACUGAUGCCACCAAAAUUGGAGAAUGUGGAUGCUCAAAAGAACUCUGUGGCAGAAAAGAACAACAAAAAGAAUUCUUCUACUCAAGACAAGAAGAACAAAACAGAAGUUUCUGAUGAUCAGCCUGUUCAAAAUGGACUAAAUCUUCGGUCUCCUAUAUGCUGUAUUAUGGGUCAUGUUGAUGCUGGAAAAACGAAGUUGCUCGAUUGUAUCAGAGGUACACGCGUCCAAGAAGGUGAGGCGGGUGGGAUUACACAGCAAAUUGGAGCAACCUAUUUCCCUGCUGAGAAUAUACGUGAGAGAACCAAGGAGCUGAAAGCCGAUGCAAAGCUCAGAGUCCCGGGUUUGUUAGUGAUCGAUACCCCUGGACACAAAUCUUUCACCAAUUUACGUUCUAGAGGAUCAAGCUUAUGUGAUAUUGCAGUUUUGGUUGUUGAUAUAAUGCAUGGGUUGGAACCACAGACAACUGAGUCACUCAAUCUUUUGAAAAAGGGAAAUACAGACUUUAUAAUUUCCUUGAACAAAGUGGACAGACUUUAUGGGUGGAAGACUUGCCGUAAUGCACCAAUAGGAAAGGCAAUCAGGCAACAAUCAAAAGAUGUCAUGCUCGAAUUUAACAUGAGGCUAACUCGGAUUAUCACUCAGUUUAAGGAGCAGGGCCUCAAUACUGAGUUGUAUUAUAAGAACAAAGAAUUUGGGGAUACGUAUAACAUUGUACCAACAAGUGCCAUAAGCGGCGAGGGCAUCCCAGAUUUACUGUUACUGCUGGUGCAAUGGGCUCCGAAGAAAAUGAUUGAAAGGCUUACAUACAGCCAUAAACUGCAGUGUACUGUUUUUGAGGUUAAAGUGAUUGAAGGACAUGGGACCACGAUUGAUGUGGUAUUAGUAAACGGCAUGCUUCAUGAAGGAGAUCAAAUAGUUGUCUGUGGCAUGCAGGGACCAAUUGUUACCUCAAUUAGAGCAUUGCUAACACCCCACCCCAUGAGGGAGCUCAGAGUCAAGGGAAAAUAUUUGCAUCACAAAGAAAUCAAGAUUGCCCAGGGUGUCAAGAUUGCUGCACAGGGACUUCAGCAUGCUAUUGCAGGCACUAGUCUAUAUGUUGUGGGGCCUAAUGAUGAUAUUGAGUAUAUUAAAGAAUCUGCUAUGGACGAUGUUAAUUCAGUGAUUAGCAGGAUUGACAGAAGUGAUGAAGGGGUUUAUGUUCAGGCAUCUACACUUGGGUCUCUAGAAGCAUUGAUCGAGUUUCUGAACACUCGGGCAUUUGACGUACCUGUGAGUGGUAUGAGUAUUGGUCCAGUACACAGGAAGGAUGUGAUGAAGGCAAGUGUCAUGCUUGAGAAGAAAAAGGAAUAUGCGACUAUACUGGCUUUUGAUGUUAAAGCAACACCAGUGGCUAGGGAACUUGCUGAGGAACUUGGAGUCCAAAUUUUCACUGCUGACAUUAUAUACCACCUUUUCGAUAAAUUCAAGGCUUACGUAGAUAAUCUUGAGGAGGAAAGGAACAGGGAAGAGGUAGCAGUCUUCCCCUGUGUCCUCAAGAUCAUUCCGAAAUGUGUUUUCCACACGAAAGAUCCGAUUGUCUUGGGGGUUGAUGUCGUUGCAGGCAUUGCAAGGAUUGGAACACCUAUAUGUGUCCCCUCAAGAAAAUUUGUCGAAAUUGGUCGGAUAUCAUCUAUUGAAAAUAAUCAUAGGCAGCAUGCUGAUUAUGCAGAGAGCAAUGAAAAGAUAGUUGGUAGCAAUGCCGGGGAGCGACAGAAAAUGUUGGGGAUACAUUUUCGUGUGGAGGACGAGCUUGUAAGCAAGAUCUCAAGAAACUCACUCUAUGCACUAAGAAAACACUACUUGGGCGUUAUGUCUGCUGAAAAGAGAUUACUUCUCAGAUUGAGGAAACUGUUCAAGAUACAGUGAUUUUAAUCAAGUGGAAUUCGAUGACCAGACGCGAAAAGUGCACACUAUUCUGAUCACUCGCUCUGUCAGCUUUGGAUGUCGGUAGCAAAUACAGUUGGGGGAGAUUUUUUGUGACCAGUUUUAUGAUGUUUUUGUGCACAUGUUUUGGAAAGGAUUCUAAUGUUGAAAAGAUUUCCAUUGAUUUCAA